CGCUGCUGCGCGGCGCCGGGCUAGGCUGGUGGAGGGGUUGGAGGCCCUGGUGGUAGGGGCGUGUGAGCUGGGACCACUAGGCUGGGAUCCGAGCGGGGCCAAGAGCCGGCAGCCGGCAGGGGUCAGGGCGCUUGGACGGCGGGAUCGAAGGGGGCUGGCGCUUGAAGGCCCCGGCGGAUUCUCGGGAGGUACCGCUGCGCGGGGAUGGGCCGGGGUGAGCCCCGCAAGCGCAGGGCUACCAAGGGGCGGGUGAGGACCUUGUCGCCCUGUAGGAACAGGCUCGCCCGGGUUAGUUGAGGUUCUGGGCUUGAUUCGUGACGGAACCGUGCGUACGUGACUGUGUGGCACCGCAGAGACCGCUGUCUACUGGAUACCGCCUCAUCACCAAUCAAUCCUUGCUUGGAGGCCAGGCCGGCGGCUGCCUUCCUUUUUCCUCUUAUGACGCGUGCCCGGUCGGCUCAUCUUUUCAUCGAGGCAUUCCUCGCGAUAUUACCGUAAGUGGUUUCUCAGUGAAGAGGGGAUGCCCAGAUAGAAGGCAAGGACCCCAGAGGGUGGCUGUCCGGCCGGUCCAGCACCAUGCACACACUUGUUUUCCUCAGCACACGUCAGGUGCUUCAGUGUGAGCCAGCUGCCUGCCAGGCCCUGCCCCUGCUGCCCCGAGAGCUCUUCCCCCUGCUGUUCAAGGUGGCUUUCAUGGACAAGAAGACGGACGUGCUGCGUGAGCUGGUGUACUCGUGGCCCUUCCCGCUGCUUAGCUUCCAGCAGCUGCUGCAGGAGUGUGCCCACUGCAGCCGAGCCCUGCUGCAGGAGCGGCUCAGCACGGAGAGCAUGCAGGCUGUGAUCCUGGGGCUGACCGCCCGGCUUCACAACCCAGAAGUGGAGGCAGGCACACAACCUUCCUGCAGGAAGCAGGCACUGCGGGUACUGGACAUGACUGGUCUCCUGGAUGACGGAGUGGAGCAGGAUCGUGGGACCAUGAACGUGUGGGACUGCGCGGCGGCCGUGGCCAGAAUAUGCAUUGCUCAGCAGCACGGUGGGGGUGUGGAGCCGGGGCUGGCCCCCGUCCCCGUCCCCGUGGAAGUCCGCGUCGACCUCCGGGUAAACCGGGCCUCCUACACAUUCCUUCGUAAGGCACUCCAGAGCAGUGCGGACAGCCCGCUGCGGAUCUGCUGCCGGGACCUCCGGGCUGAAGAUCUGCCCAUUCACAACACUAUGGCCCUGCUGGAGGUUUUGGAUGCGGGCUGCCUGCGCCGUAUAGACCUGCGCUUCAAUAACCUGGGGUUGCGUGGCCUGUCUGUCAUUAUCCCACACGUGGCCCACUUUCACCACCUAGCUAGCCUGAGACUGCACUACGUGCAUGGGGACUCAAGGCAGGCUUCCGUGGAUGGUCUGGAUAACUUUCGCUACUUUCUGGCUCAGAUGGGCCGCUUCAUCUGUCUUCGGGAGCUCAGCAUUGGCUCUUCUCUCCUUUCCGGCAGGCUGGAUCAACUGCUCAGCACCCUGAAGAGGCCCCUGGAAAGCCUAGAACUGGGCUUCUGUGCACUGUUGCCUGAGGACCUGCACUUCCUGGCUCAGAGCUCUCACGCUGCCCACCUUAAAAAGCUGGAUCUGAGUGGCAAUGACUUGUCAGGGGACCAGCUGACCCCCUUCCAGGAUCUGCUGCAGGCCGUAGCGGCCACACUGCUGCAUCUUGAGCUGACCGAGUGCCAUCUCGCUGAUGCUCAGCUCUUGGCCACACUGCCCACCCUGACUCGCUGUGCCAGCCUCCGCUACCUUUGUCUCUAUGGCAAUCCUUUGUCUACAGCAGGACUUAAAGAGCUGCUUCAGGACUCCGCGGUACAGGCUGAGCUGCGCACUGUGGUGCACCCCUUCCCUGUGGACUGCUAUGAGGGCCUUCCUUGGCCGCCGCCUGUCUCUAUCCUUCUGAAAGCCUCCAUCAAUGAGGAGAAGUUUGCCCGUGUAGAGGCUGAGUUGCACCAGCUGCUGUUAGCUUCGGGCCGUGCCCAUGUACUCUGGACCACAGACAUCCAUGGGCGGCUGGCUGCAGACUAUUUCAGCCUCUGAUCUCUAGGGUUUUGGUGAGGUCAAGAGCCUUUGGGACCCUGCAGGAGGCCUGACACAAAGGCCCUCGCCUUAGGUUUCCUGCAGAGUCUGCCUUGCUCCUGAGUAUACCUUGAGGCACCUCUGCUCUCUGCAGUGCCCUCCACCCGCGCCCAGUAUCUGGGCGACUUGGUAUUUCAGGCCUGUGCUCCGCUGCUCUGUAUGGCUGCCCUUGAUCGCUCUUCUAGGUUGCCGCCCCUCUGCAGGAAGCAGCAGCGCACCCCAUACCCUUAGCAGGAGUGCAAUGCAUUAAGGUAGAUGUGUGUAGAUCUGCCUCGGGGUGGUUUGGGAGUACCCCAUGCAGUCUGGGGUCUUACACUGUGUACCCUGCCUGGCACCCGAGGCACCCUGUUACCUGGCUCUGGAAGGUGUGAGCCAAGGUACAAACGUGCAGUAUCUGGAAUGUGA